AUGAGUUCAGAUGCUACAACAAGAGAAAUCAUAGAUAAGCUAGAUAGUAUUUUUGGUAACGUCAGAUCAGGAGAAUCAGUCUUGUCAGAGUUUUAUAUGUCACGACAAAAACGAAGUGAAACCAUUUCAGAAUGGGCAUUAAGAUUAGAAGGAAUUUUACAAAGAGCGAUAGUAAAGGGUCAUGUUAAAGAAGACCAGAAAGAUGAAAUGUUGAAAGUGAGAUUCUGGAGGCAUUUAUACAGCGAUGACUUGAAAAAUGCGACAAGAUUGUGCUUUGAAACCGCAAAGUCAUUUGAAGAGUUAAGAAGGAAAGUCAGAAUAGAGGAAAAUGAAAUGUCAGCAGCAAGAGAAACAGAAAUAGAAUCCACAGAUAAAGUAACAGUUAAUCAGCAUUUAGAAGAAGAUGACCAAUCUACAGUAAUGAAGGUGAUUUUGGAACGAAUAAAAAGUUUAGAAGAGCAACUUCUUAGACUUCAAGAAAAAGAUAAAGAAUGCACAGAUAGACCUGAAAGAGAAGAAGAUAGAUAUUUAGAUAGACAACCUAGGAUGAGUAGAUAUGAUGAUAGAGGUCGAGAAAGAGAUAGAUAUGACAGGUAUGAUCGACGGAAUAGAAGAAAUUACACAGACAGAUAUAAGGAUUAUGAGUAUAGAAAUCGAGGACAUGAAAAAGACUACUCAAAUAGAUUUGACAGAUAUGAUAGAAACAGAGAAGGAACUGAUAGAUACGGAAGGAGGUUUUAUGGCAGAGAAAGGAAAGUUAGCGACACAAGUGAUAGAUUUAGAGACACAAGUGAACGAUAUGGAAAAAGAGACUUCACAGAUGGAAAUCAUCGAAGAGAAGAACGAUAUGGGUUCGACAGAGAAAGAAGAUUCAGUGACCGAAUAGAUACUAGAUUUAAAGACAGAGAAGAACGUGAUACAGACCGAGAUUGGUAUAUGAAGAGAGAAGAUAGAGACAAUGAUACGACAGAGAAUAGAACAGAAAUGAGAAAAGAGGAGAAUGACAGAAACAGUACACCAAAACAAGACAACAAACAACCAUUAAAACAACAACAGCAACAGAAACCGGAUACGACGAACAAAGCAAACUUCUCCAAGAAUUUAAACCGGUAG